AUGGCGCGACUCGACGGACACAAGCGCAGUGUGGUGAAGCACCGGACGCGCGCGCCGCAAGGCCAGCGUCCCCGCGGUGGAUUCUCUGUCGGCGCUACGAAUGUGCCGAGCGGUGCAUACAUCGGCCGCGCAAAGAAGCUCAAGGCGGAUCUCAUUCAUAAAGCCAAGGUCAAAAAAGCCUACAACAAGCUGCUCGAGCGUGAAGGCGCGCCGGCCGAGAUGCCCGAGCCGGAAGAGACGCAGGACCUCGGCCGCUUUGCCCCAGAGGACCCUGCUGACGACCUCUUGGAGCAGGUGGAAAAGAAGGACGAGCGGCCACGCGCCACCGCCGAGCGCCCCACGAAGAAAAAGCUGCCCUAUUUCCACGCCCCCCCUAAGAAAAAGGAGCCCAAGGCCGAGGGGCCAAAGCGCACGGCCGAGCAGGCCAUGCAGGAGCGCGAGGCGCGCCGUGCGCUGUGGAACAAAAAGAGCCCCAGCGCCAAAGGCCGCGCGCGUGGCCAGCCCGAUCUUGGCGCGCGGAUGGAAGUCAUGCUGGACAAGAUCCAGCGCAACGCAUAG